AAAUGGGGGGGGGGAUGCAUCUAGCAAUGUAAUUUUGCAUAGAUUGAAGCAAAACCACUUUAGAAUGAAGAGUGACAUCAGCUCAAACUAUCUUUUGCCUUUGGCUCUGUUCUCUUCAUCUGCACCUGUCACUUUCACCUGUCAUGUCUUUGAAUUUGCGCUGUCUUUCUCUUGGCAUUUUGCUGCUGAUACUAUGGCAACCUUCUCUUCCUCCCCCUACCCUCUUUGCAGGGACCACCUGGUUCCCAACCCUCCCCUCACACUCAGCUAGCUCCCAACCCUAACAUGAUGGGGGCGCAUGGACAGCCUUUUAUGUCUCCUCGCUAUGCUGGAGGACCUCGGCCACCCAUCAGAAUGGGUAACCCGCCUCCAGGUGGGCAGCCUUUACCUCCAAAUAUGAUGGACCCUACACGACCAACAGGCCAUCCAAAUCUGGCACCUAUGCAGAGAAUGAAUGCUCCUCGAGGAAUGGGCCCGAUGGGACCGGGACCACAGUCUGAUCCUUGGUUAUCAUUACAGAGCUAUGGAGGAGGAAUGAGGCCUCCAAACUCCAUGGGCGCUGGAAUGCCAGGGGUGAACAUGUAAGGACACUCUCAGUCUGUUGUAUUUGUGGAAUUUUACAUUGUCAGGCUGGUCAGGAUGUUCAAACAAACAGUAAUGUUUUG